UGCCAUGUUCUUCAGGUGAUUGUCUUGUCGUGUUCUUUGGGUGAAUGUCCCAUAAUGUCAUGUUCUUUAGGUGAAUGUCUCAUAAUGUCAUGUUCUUUAGGUGAAUGCAUCAUAAUGUCAUGUUCUUUGGGUGAUUGUCUCAUAAUUUCAUGUUCUUUGGGUGAUUGUCUUGUAAUUUAG